AUGUUCCCCAUGGUUCCGCCUUUAAAGCUCACAAACAACAGCCUAUACGAAAACGGCAAUCGAGCACCUAACGAUAAGUCGGCCUGGGACGCAUGGGUGGGGGUUCUGUUCGGCUACCAAGAACGAUUGCACCUGUUACGGAGAAUGCUCAACGCAUCGGUGGACAUUACCUGUCUUGAAAUCACGCCAAUGAAGAGGAAUUCGACGACGGAGAUAUCCAUGUCUGGUAAUUUCCAAGGCGAAGAUGCCGAGAUGACCAACGCCGAGGUUGAUCAGGUCACCGAGGGAAUGGAGAGCAUGGCUCUCUCCAUUCCCUCUGUGACGACAGCAAAUGAUGGAUGCAUGGAUGAGGUCCAUAAUUCUUGGAGCCCAUAG